AUGAUCAUUGGUGAAGAGUGGGCAAACGAUGGUUUCAGAUAUGACAUUGAAUAUUUCCUAUAGAACGGUUAUACUAAAGCGGAACUGUAUGGCUCUAUGUGGGGUUUCGCUGAUCUUAUUGGAGAAUUUUAAUUCCUGAAACAAGAUACUGAGUAUGUAAUAGCUAUUCGUAGAUUCAUGGAAGCUGUACUAGAUUAUACAGGAGCACCAAAGAUUGAUGUUAUUUCACAUUCAAUGGGAGUAACUCUAUCAAGAGCAGCAAUCAAGGGUGGAAAAUAUCUAUUGCAAGACAUUGGCUACAUUAACUUGAAGCCUCUUAACAAGAAUGUGAGAACUUACAUUGGAAUAGCAGGAGUCAACUAUGGAGCCUUAUCACAAGAACAACAAGAUUGUUAACGUAUCAGAGUUCUUACACACUUUAAACAAAGAUAAAACCAAAGAAGGAGACCAGGCUUAUGCCAUGUUAAGUUUAUUUGA